AUGCCCAACUCCUCCCGCCCUCCCGCUUCAAGCGCGUACCCACCUCUAUCCCACGACGCCCCUCAAAUCCCACCCUUCCCUCAGCUUUUGUAUAUCAAAAACGAGUCGCACUCUACGCCUGAACCUCUUACUGCGAUGACGGACAGCCACGACCAUAUGGUGAUGUCUCCGGAUGAGGAUGACGACGGGCACGAUUCCAGGGGCGGCUCCCCGCCACCUCUCGAGAAGAAACGAAAAACUACCAAUACUCGUCGAAGAGUUGUGCAGUCGUGUAGCGAGUGCAGACGUCGAAAGAUUCGAUGUGACAAGAAAUUCCCUUGUGGACCUUGUAUAUUGCGCAAUGAGCAGUCUCGAUGUCAUGAAGUUGGAUUGGCCGACAAGACACCAACUCUUCCUCCCAAUGGAGGCAGUUGGGCUUCUUCAGCCGAUAUCGGCCAUGUAAACGAUCGUCUCGACGCCCUCGAAGCCAGUCUCCUCAAAAGCGGAGCGCUGCGCCGGGAAGACCUCAACUAUUUCCUCACAACCAUCUCUGAAACCGACGCCCUCACAGGCCGAAAGAAGACCAAAAUCGAAGAUCUCAUCGACGACACUGAAGGCGCGGCCCUUACGCUCGAACACCUCGCUUUUGGGCGGUCCAGGGCGGAUGGGAGUCAUGCGAUCCCGCAUUUCGCUGCCCGUUUAUCGUCCGUGUCCAAACCGGCGCCGAACAAUGAUUAUCAUCUUGCCAAGUCGAAUAUUGUGCAUCCCUCACCGACGAGUGGGUAUGAUCCUGCAAGCAUUUCGUCCGGUCAGAAAACAGGGAUGCAGACGUUCAACACGCCAGACUCUGGAAGAAAAGAGCUGUCGGCAGAGGAGCGCAAGCAAAAGCUGGACAAGAUUAUGGAUAUCAUGGGUCCUCUGGAGGUGUUUGACAUGUUUUUCCAAAAGACGGAUUUGGCGAUGGCGGCUCUGUCAAAGCUGUUGCCGCCGAGACACAGAGGAGAGUUGUUAGUCAAGGUUUAUCUCGAAAAGGUGGACUGGCUCCAUCGCUGUGUACAUGUCCCAACAUUCCUACGACAAUGUAACGACCUCCACAACCUUCCGCCUGAAAAGGUCACUCAAGAGAUCGCACUUCCCUUCCUUGGUCUCUACUUUACAGUCUGCACUCUUGGUCUGCAAUUCAUGUCAAAAGCCGAGAUCAGCCUCCACUUUACCGAAGAAGAAGCGCAUACCCUGCCUGAUACGUGGUUCCAUGCCGCUCGAAGUGCUUUGUGGGCCUCCGACUUUUUCACAAACCACACGAUGGAGAGUCUGCAGACCAUCUUGCUUUUGGGCGUCUUUAUGAACAAUAGAGAUCGCGCGGAUGCUGCUUGGGCUUUGCUCGGUGCGGCCAUCAAGAUGGCGCAAGGAUUGGGUCUCUCCCGUCUAGGUGCUGAACAACAAAUCAUCGAUGGCAAACCCCUCCCUAUGUGGACUGGCCGAUGGGAGAGUGUCAUCCAGCGAGAGGUCGGCAGGAGGAUCUGGUGGAAUUUGGUAUUCCUGGAUUGGUCUUUGGCACCGAGCUACAACUACUCUUGUAGUAUCCAGCCUGAUCAGAUCAAAACCGCUCUUCCGGCGAAUAUAGAAGACGAAGAUAUCAUCGACGGGAUGCCUUUGAGACCGCAACCCCUCAGCGUCAGAACGGGCAUGUCGUUCCAGCUUGCUAGACUCAGAUUUGCCGAAAUCUCGCAAAGGCAGAUCUGGCAGGCAAACAACAACAACCACCCGCCCUACUCUUUCGUGUUGAGUGUCGACGGCGAGCUUCGUAAAGCCAUGAUGGAACUCCCCACCUUCUUCCAACCCGACCCCACCAACAAAUCCCCUCCUCCCAAAGAACCCAAAGCCCUCGUGCAAUACUACGAAAAGAUCAUUCUCAAUCUCGCCAUCCACUCGCGUAUGCUUCGUCUCCAUCGCCCUUGGCUUUCAAGAGGAUACGAGGAUGAUAGGUUUGCGUACUCGAAAGAGCAGUGUAUCAGGGCGGCCAGGGCGAGUUUGAGGAUGAUGAGUGAUUCGGAGGGGACGGCGGCGUUUUUGGAAAAGUGGUGGUUGCCGUUGUUUUAUGUGUCGGUGUCGGGGUUGGUGGUCAUUAUCGAUCUUCUCAGGACAAGCAGGAAGGAUAUGUUUACGAGCGAGUUCCAGGCAAAGGUUGAUGAAGUCAAGGGCGCUUUGGGUCAGAUGAGGGAAAUUGCCGAUGUGUCACAUCCCUCUCGUGCUGCAGUCAAGGUCAUGGCUUUGUUGCUUGCCGAAAUCGAAGAACGUCGUAAACCCCCAGGGUCAGCUCUCGGCAAACGCAGGAGCUCUCCCGAUGGCGACGACGAAGAGUCGGGCCUUCAGCGCGCUGUCAAGAAACUCAUACUGCAAGCUCAGCUCGAAGCCGAGUCUCCCAGCGCCUCGAUGGGCGGUUUGACUCCUCAAGAAAUCAACAUCGGCCAGGUCUCGCCCGCGACCCGUGCUAUGAACGAGCAGCGAGAGCGAGAAGGGGAGCGUCCAGUGUUUGACGCCUACCCUAUGCCAUUCGUCCCCGUACCUCCCACCAUCAACAACGCUACAGACCCUGCUCCCCAGCAACAACCUCAUCCCAACCAGUACAUUGGUGUGAGCAACGCCAGCCCCUUCACCUUCCCUGUCGACACCACCAACGCUACCACCUUCCCUGCAUUCGAUACCGCCACCACCCGAGGUUAUCCCAACAACCAGCUCGACCCCACGGUGCAGAGCAUGCUUGCCAACUACUUUCCUCCUCAGGCGAAUACAAGCAAUUCCAUCGGGUCUGCGACGGCGCCUCAGGCGCCAGAUGACUUUUUGAGUAGAGUGUUUGGGUUUGGGUGGGAUGGAGUGGGGACGACGGGUCCGCCUGCGACGUUGGGCGAAGCGGGAUUGGAUGUCUUGGGUGGACCACCACGGAUGUCGGGUCAAGGGCAAGGACAGGGACAGAACGGACAGGCGGGGCAGCAGGGCCAACAGCGAAGACAGCCUGGCGAGUUGCAUCCACCUACUCCUCUUAAUGCCCAACCACCCCAGCAGUCUCAGCAGCUGCAAGGGGCAAAUAACCCUUACGCAUUCGGGAAUUGGGCGAAUCAGGGGUGGAUGGCGUGA